AUGUAUGAAUGUAACUUUAGUAAAGAGUUAGUGACUAUUCUAUCUCAACCAUUCUUCUAUGACUCCUUUAAACUCGUUAUAAUUCCCCAAAUUAAUAGCGAUGGAAAAAACUUUGAAGUGUUUCAAGAGGGUAAUCAAAUAGAAGUAAUUUGUUAUAAAUCAACUUUAAUCUCCAUUUUUAAAGAAAAUCAUAAGUUUAUAGAAAAAUAUUUACCUGACUUGAAUUUUAACACAAUUGUUGGGAAUACUACAAAAGUUAAUUAUAUAGAUUUUUACAAUGUUACUGUAGGAUUAUUAUUAACCACAGCAGAAAACAAAACUAAUUUUAAUCUACAUAGUGAUGUCUUUUUCAUAAUUUGGAAUAAUAUAAAAUAUGAGGACGAAAAGUUUGAAUUUUUAUUAAAAGAAACUUUUAUUAUUCAACGACUACUUACCUGCUCUUUAAAUAAGAUCAAUAAAUCAUCAUCCCUUUACAUAUGGUACAGGAAACUGUUUAUUUUGUGGCAACAUAUACAUAAUCAGCAUUACAACAAAAAUAUUGAAAAAUUAAUAUUCAAUUCAAAAAUAUUUAUUCAAUCAGGUAAACAACAUUUUGCAAAUUAUUACUGCUGGAACACUGCAAAAUGGAUAUUUGAUAAUUUAAAUAGUUUGACAUUGAAACAGGCUUACUUCAAUGAUAUCAAACUUUAUUGUUUGCAAAAUAUUUCGGAUUCCUCUUCUUGGGAUUGCUUAAGUUACAUGGUUUGCCAACAUAAGUUAAGAAACAACCAUCAUAGAACUGAUUUUGACAGAUUAGCUAAACAUUUACCAAUUUUAGAGCAAUUAUCAACAAGGAAUGUAGUAUGUUUUCAGCCGAACCUUAUUUCAUUGACUCAGGAAUUGAUCUCUUAUAUCUCCAAAUGUGAAAUUAAAAUGUGGCCUCCAUAUCUUUGUUUAUUACGAAUCUUAAAAGUUUAUAAUGUUGAACUUAAUAAUUUGCGACUUGAACUUAUAGACAAGUGGACAAAAAGUAUCAAAACCUUUGAAUCGAAAAACGGACAAAUCCAAUUGUUACACAACUUCAUUCCAAUUGUUUCUUUACCUAAGGAUAAUAAUAGUGAUCUUAAUAACGAUUUUAUAAUGAAAGAAACAUUGCUUCAUUUAGGAUACAAAAAAGUGUUUUUAAACAAUUUGAUUAAUCAUAAGUAG